UGUCGCAAUCUUUAUUUAGAAAACACGUAUUAUACUUCGCUGCCGUUUAAUAUUUAAAAAGAUCGCCAUGCCGAAAGUAUCAAGCUCUAAAGCUGAUUUACUUAAGAAAUGGAUAAAGAAUGCUAAACAUUUAUCCACUGAUGGAACAGUUGUAUACUGUAACGCCUGUUCAAAGCAAGUAUCCUCAAACCAGAAAUUUCAGAUCGAUCAACACCUUGCUACAGCCAUUCACAAGGAAGUGGAGAAGCGAUUUAACGGGAAAGUACAACAUACGUUUGUUUCAACUGCGUUAUGUGGCAGCUCCCAACAAAACCAGGAUUCUAAAAAUGAAUUUUAUGCAACUCCAUGGCACAAUCAACCAUACCAUGGAAUAAAUUAG